GGUGGCAACAACUCCUUCACCCAUGAAGCCCUCACGCUUAAGUACAAACUGGACAACCAGUUCGAGCUGGUGUUUGUGGUGGGGUUUCAGAAGAUCCUGACCUUAACCUAUGUCGACAAGUUGAUAGACGAUGUUCAUAAAGAGUUCAGAGACAAAUAUCGCAAUGAGUUCCAGCAGAAGGGCACCCUGGGCCUCCUAAAUGGCACCUUUGAUUUUAAAGAUGACUUCAUGCGCCUCCUCCGGGAUGCAGAGGAGAGCAGUAAAGUCCGAGCUCCCACGGUAAUGAAGACGUUUGAGCAGUCUCUCAAGUCCCAGAAGACUGUCAAGUGUAUGAUAGAAACCCGAGGGGAGAAACCAAAGGAGAAAGUCAAGAACAAGAAGAACAAGGGUUCCAAAAAAGAGGGAACUGAAGCUGUUGCAGUGCCCGGUAAAGCAUCUGCAGGUGACAAGCAGCCCUCUGUAGCUGGGGACAGGGAGGAACUGACCAAGGAUGAAAUCCUGCAAAAAAACCGGGAGGAAUUCUUCAAGAGACACAUGAAAGCAGGGGAGAAGUCCAGCAAAUCACCAAAGCCCGAGGCACAGAAGGAGAAGGGGAAGAAACCCCGAGUGUGGGAUCUGGGGAACUCUAAUGCCAAAGUACUCGAUUACAGUAACUCCGCUACCAACGGAAGCGCAGAAGCUUGUCCCAUGGAGGAAUUUGACCCUGAAAUAGCCCUGGGUGAUCGAAAUCGGGAGCCCGGCCGCCUCUAUGACCUUGAGUACGAGAGCGAUGACGAAGCUGAAGAGGAGAAGGCUAUUCAGAACCCUUCAAAACCCAGUUCGAAGAAGGGUGGCCUGGGGGGCAUGUUUGGCAUGCUAAAAGGCCUGGUGGGCUCCAAGAGCUUGAUAAGAGAGGACAUGGACCCUGUACUGGAGAAGAUGAAGGAUCACUUGAUCGCAAAAAACGUGGCAGCUGAGAUUGCAGUGCAGCUCUGUGAAUCGGUGGCCAAGAAACUGGAAGGGAAGGUGAUGGGAACAUUCACCACGGUGACCUCGACGGUGAAGCAGGCCCUGCAGGAGGCUCUCGUGCAGAUCCUGCAGCCCCAGCGCCGUGUGGACGUCCUCCGCGAUGUCAUGGAUGCCCAGCGCCAUCGCCGACCCUAUGUGGUCACUUUCUGUGGUGUCAAUGGUGUUGGGAAGUCCACCAACCUGGCUAAGAUCUCGUUCUGGCUCAUCGAGAACGGUUUCAGCGUCCUCAUUGCCGCCUGCGACACGUUCCGUGCGGGAGCGGUGGAGCAGCUCCGCACCCACACCCGUCGCCUCAACGCCCUGCACCCUCCAGAGAACCACGGCGGGCGGACCAUGGUGCAGCUCUAUGAGAAGGGCUACGGCAAGGACGCCGCAGGGAUUGCCAUGGAGGCCAUCUCUUACGCUCGGAACCAGGGCUUUGACGUGGUCCUGGUGGACACGGCGGGCCGCAUGCAGGAUAAUGCUCCCUUGAUGACAGCGCUGGCCAAACUCAUCGCCGUCAAUGCUCCCGACCUGGUCCUGUUUGUUGGGGAAGCGCUGGUGGGAAAUGAGGCUGUGGAUCAGCUGGUCAAGUUCAACAAGGCCCUGGCUGAUCACUCCAUGGCCCAGACACCGCGGCUCAUCGAUGGGAUUGUCCUCACCAAGUUUGAUACCAUCGAUGACAAGGUCGGCGCCGCCAUCUCCAUGACCUACAUCACAAGCAAGCCCAUCGUUUUCGUUGGUACUGGACAAACUUACUGUGAUCUGCGAAGCCUUAAUGCAAAGGCCGUGGUCGCAGCACUCAUGAAGGCCUAA